GUGAUUGGCUCACUGAUAAUAUCAGGACUAGAGACUACUAUUCAAACUUGUUUCCUAAGACGGCUAUGAAGAUGUUUCACAUAAAGGCUUGGGCUGAGUAUGUUGUGGAAUGGGCUGCAAAGGACCCUUAUGGUUUUCUUACAACAGUUAUUUUGGCUCUCACCACACUAUUCCUAGCAGGUGCCAUCCCAUCCUGGAAAUUGACCAAGAUGAUUGAAGCCAGAGAGGAGGAGCAAAAUAAGAAACAAAAACAACAAGAAAAUAUUGCAAAAGCUAAACAACUAAAAAAGGAAUGGAGUGAACAAGCUCUGCACCUAGAGGAGAAUCUUUUGGAAAAUUAUGCAGCUUUGGGCUCAUUGUUUUGA